AUGGCUGACCUUCCCGAACUUUGGAACAAAUUGUCCAGCACCGACAGCCAGUCUCUCCUGAAGAAACACUGCACACAGGAGGUGUACGACAAACUGAAGGACAAAAAGACCAGUAAUGGUGGCACUCUCGCUGACUGCAUCCGAUCGGGAUCGCAGAACCCAGAAAGUGGAGUUGGUGUAUACGCGUCCUGCCCAGAAGGUUACACCGUCUUCGCUGAUCUUCUCAACCCAGUGAUUUUGGACUACCACAAAAUAUCUGAGCUGAAACACCCAGAAUGUGACUUCGGCGACAUGGCGAACCUGGGCUUCGGUGACUUGGACCCUAGCGGAGAGAUGAUCGUGUCGACCCGUGUCCGGGUGGGUCGGAGCCAUGCUAAGUACGGCUUUCCUCCCACCCUCAACAAAGAGCAAAGAGUGGAGAUGCAGAACAUCACCAAGGCAGCCUUGGAAGGCCUCACCGGAGAGCUCAAGGGUACCUACUACCCACUGGAAGGAAUGACCAAGGAGACUCAGAAACAACUCACAGACGACCACUUCCUGUUCAACGAUAGUGACAGGUUCCUCAAAGCUGCCGGAGGAUAUGACGACUGGCCCGCGGGCAGAGGUAUCUUCUUCAACGACAACAAGACAUUCCUUGUCUGGGUGAACGAAGAAGACCACAUCCGAAUCAUCUCCAUGCAAAAGGGAGGCGACUUGUCCGCAGUGUACAAGAGGCUGGUUGCAGGCAUCAAAGAGUUGGAGAAGAAACUUGAGUUUGCUCGCCUGCCCCAGUUGGGCUAUCUAACCUUCUGUCCUAGCAACCUUGGCACAACUCUCCGUGCCAGCGUGCACAUCAAGAUCCCAAAAGUGGCGGCGAUGCCCGAGUUCAAGGAAAUUUGCGACAAACACAACUUGCAAGCACGUGGAAUCCACGGAGAACACACGGAGAGCGUGGGAGGUGUCUAUGACAUCUCCAACAAGCGGCGAAUGGGCCUGAGCGAAAUCGAGGCGAUUCAGGAGAUGAGACGUGGAGUGGAAGAAAUCAUUAAGUUAGAGAAAAGUGCGUAA